AUGUCUCCAGCGUCAACGGCAUCCCCUCCAACACCCCCAGGUAUGGAGGACUGUACCGCUCACAUAGUCUCAGCUUCGUCUUCGCCAGGUAUCCCAAAACAUGAGCCUGUACCAGCAUCAACGGCAUCCCCUCCAACACCCCCAGGUAUCCCAAAACACGAGCCUGUACCAGCGUCAACGGCAUCCCCUCCAACACCCCCAGGUAUCCCAAAACAUGAGCCUGUACCAGUACCACCGCCAUCAAAGCACAAGAUGUUCGCUUUCGCUUUGCCAGCUAUACUCACCUUACUAUUCCUCCUGCAUGCUAUCCCUCCCGCAACAUAUCCCUCCCGCGUCAUAUCCCUCCCACGUCAUAUCCCUCCCGCGUCAUAUCCCUCCCACGUGGCAUUCCUCUCGCACGAUGUUCCUUUCACUUCCAACCCAACUUCUUCAACACCCUACGCCACCAUGUCUUCAUCGGCCGCUCAACAACAUCUACCACCUCCACAACAUCUGCCACCUCCACAGUGUUUACCCUCCUGCCCAUCUCCACUGUCCUGCCCGUCUCCGCCGGUCUACGGCUUCGGUAUUCUCUCGUUCAUUGUCUGA